AUGCGUUCAUUCGCCGUAAGCAUCACGCUGCUUUCCUUCCUUGCCACAGGAUCGAUUGCCCAGAACAACGGUAUCACACCUGUGACAUGCCAGCCAGAGACAGUAAACUGUGACUCAACGGCAGACUGUGAAGCAAAGGGCAAGCUUGGCGGGUUUCCCUGCCCUGCUGGGUCCGGCCAAAACGAUGCCGACUGCUGGAUUGCCUCAAGUUCCGAUCCCAGCGUACAAAUGACCGUGCAGUGUUGGUGUUGCAAGGCAUCGAGCAAAAAGAUGUUUCGUGCCUAA